GGUUUGAAGCCGGCGCUAACGGUCACGUGAGGCGGGACGGCAAUGGCGGCGGCGGCGAUGUGUGUGAGGAGCAGCCGAGAGCUGUGGACGAUUUUACUGGGGAGAUCAGCACUAAGGGAGCCUGCUCAGGUUGCGGCUGAAUUAGACAGACAUUUAGAGCGGCUACUGGCAGGACUCUCUUACUACAAACCACCCAGUACGUGCUCGGCAGAGAAACUGAAGGCUGACAAGGAAGUGGCAGCACCGUUAAAGCAGCUCGGACUUCGGGUCAGCAAACUUCUGGGUUUGGAUGAGCAACAGAGUGUUUACCUCCUACAGUUGUACCUUCAAGAGGACUACAGAGGAACUAGGGACUCAAUAAAGAUCGUACUGGAGGAUGAGAGGCAGAGCCAGGCCUUGCAGUUGAAGAUUGCCGAUUACUACUAUGAAGAGAGACUCUACACACUGCGCUGUGUCCUUUAUUUGCUCACCUAUUUUCAGGAUGAACGGCACCCUUACAGGGGAGAAUAUUCCAAAUGUGUGGACAGACUGGAGAAGGAACUGGUCUCAAACUAUCGCAAACAGUUUGAAGCAUUGUUCAGAGCUGAAGCUCCGACCUGGGACCACGGGAAUCUCAUGUCAGAACAUCAAGUGUGCCGCUGGUUUGUGCAGUGCCUGAGGGAGCAGGCCCUGAUUUUGGAGAUUAUCUUCCUGUAUUACGCUUACUUCGAGAUGGCCCCAGAAGAUUUCUUGGCCUUUGCACGGAUAUUUAAGGAGCAGGGAUUCGGGCGUCGGCAGACGAACAGACAUCUUAUAGACGAGACCAUGGAUGCACUGGUUGACAGUAUUGGUUAUUUCAGUACGCUGAUCCUGGUGGAGGGAAUGGACAUUGAUUUCCUCCAUAAAUGUGCUCUGGAGGAACGAGUGGAACAGCACCAGUUUGCUAAUGCUCGUGAGCUGUGCCAGGAGGUGGAUAAGUUAUUCCUGACAUUGGGAGAUAUACCCCACCACGCCCCAGCGCUGCUGGCUUGGGCUCUGCUGCGUCACACCCUCAGCCUGGACGAAUCAAGCCACUUGGUCAGGCGGCUGGGCACCACAGCCAUCCAGCAGAAUGCGUUCCAGCACAUGACACGUUUACUGAAAGCACUCGGGAGUGGAGGAAGCAACUGUACAGCCAGCACCGCUCGGAUGUGUAUUUACGGGCUCUUGUCGUUUGUCUUAACAUCGUUUGAGGAAGAAACAUUGGGAGACCAACAGCACCUGAUCGAUGUGGUGUGUGAGGUGCUGGCUGCUCCUAGUCUGGCUGAACUCUUCUGGGAAACUGAACGUACAGUGGGUCUCCGAAUCGUUCUGGACAACAACUGCGGGAUGUUUCCUCACUCCAUGGCCCCCCUGCUGCAGCUGCUCACUGCCCUUGCAUCAGACAAAUCCACGGCCAAAAAGGUUUACAAUUUCUUGGACAAGUUGUCCUGCUACACUGUGUUCUACAAGCAUAGACCACCCGACGUCUUGUCGCACGAAGAUGAGACCCUGUGGAGGAGGCAAGCUCCCAAACUUCUGUACCCACUCGGGUCAGGACAGGCGAACCUGCGUAUGCCACAGGGUGUGCUGGGACAGGUGAUGCCUGCAGGGCAGGGCUAUCUUGUUCGCUGGGAAUAUUCGUACAGCUCGUGGACAGUCUUUACAUGUGAAAUUGAGAUGCUGCUACAUGUUGUUUCAACAGUGGAUGUUAUUCACCACUGCCAGAGGGUCAAACCAAUUAUUAACCUGGUUCACAAGAUAAUCAGUACAGAUUGGUCCAUCACAGAUUGCCUGCUGCCAAUCACAUCACGUCUGUACAUGUUGCUUCAAAGGCUUACAUCAGUCAUGAACCCUCCGAUGGAAUUGAUUGCAUCCUGUGUAAACUGUCUCACUGUUUUGGCCACUCGGAUGCCGGCUAAGGUGUGGGCAGACCUACAGCACACGGGCUUUCUGCCAUUCUCAGCCGCUCCAAUCACAGGCUUCGCCCAGUCUAUCAGUACCGAAGGAAUGCAUGCCGGCAACUACGGCAACUUGCUGAUGAGCAUAGAGAGGCCGCACGGAGAGUACACCGUCACCAUGGCAUUCCUCCGCCUGGUCACCACCCUCGUCAAGUGGCAGCUGGGGAGCACUCAGAACUCCGGUCUGACUCCUUGUGUUCUCUUUGUACUAAAAGAAAUGCUGCCGAGCUAUCACAAGUGGAGAUACAAUACCUAUGGACUGCGGGAGCAGAUUGGUUGUCUUAUUCUUGAACUUAUUCAUGCUAUCCUUAAUCUGAGUCCCGAGGGCGUUUCGCAAGGCAGCUCUCCGAGUCUACAGUCUUUGUGCAUCCACAGCCUGGCAAACACCGAGGCAGGCCAAGCGGUGAUUAAUAUUAUGGCUAUCGGAGUGGACACCAUUGAUAUGGUGAUGGCAGCACAGCCAAGCAGCGGUGGAUCAGAAGGACCGGGUCAGACCCUCACCCAGAUGAUCAAGCUUGCGUUUUCUGUCACUAACAACGUCAUUAGACUGAAGCCCCCAUCGGAGCUGGUGUCUCCUCUGGAACAGUCCCUGACACAGCAUGGUGCCCACGGCAACAACCUGAUCGCAGUAUUAGCCAAGUAUAUCUACCACACACAUGACCCCGCGUUGCCCCGUCUGGCGAUACAGCUGCUGAAGAGACUCGCAACCGUGGCACCCAUGUCGGUGUACGCCUGCCUGGGCGGAGACGCUGCUGCUAUCCGCGAUGCCUUCCUCAACCGUCUGCAGAGCAAGACCGAGGACAUGCGGAUUAAAGUAAUGAUCCUGGAGUUUUUAACUGUUGCUGUGGAAACACAGCCCGGUCUGAUUGAGCUCUUCCUUAAUCUGGAGGUGAAAGAUGGCACGGUUGGCUCGAAGGAGUUUAUCUUGGGCGAGUGGAGUUGUCUGCAGGUGGUGUUAGAACUGAUCGACUCCAAGCAGCAGGGGAAGUACUGGUGUCCGCCACUCCUACACCGCGCUGCCAUCGCCUUCCUCCAUGCCCUGUGGCAGGAUCGCAGGGACAGCGCCAUGACCGUCCUUCGCUACAAGGACCGUUUCUGGGAGAAUUUGACCACCGUACUGUUUGGAACCCUCCCUGUACCUUCUGAUAUCACAGAGACCAGUGUUCUAGAAACCUGUGCCUUCAUCAUGAAAAUCAUCUGUUUGGAGAUUUACAACGUUGUCAGAGGCUCACUGGACCAGUCCCUGAAGCACACGCUCAAGAGGUUCCACGAUAACAAACGUUACGAAUAUUGGUCGGAAUAUAUCCGCUCGCUGGUGACACACAUGGCGGAGGUGGAGGGCGAGGGCGUCUCUACAGUGGUCGAGUACCAGAUGCUGAUCUCUGCUUGGAGGAUGCUUCUCAUUCUGGCCACCAGCUAUGUGGAGGUGAUGCCCAUGACUGAUUCACUCCGUCUGCGACUGCUCCAUGAUGUUCUGGAAGGGACCAAAGCUUUGUUGCUGGUGCCGUCCUCUAUCCCGUGUCUGCGAGUGGGCUCGAUGCUGGCCACACUGCUGCUCAUCCUCCUGAAGAAAUGGAAAAGCAUUGUUGUCCAGGUGUGUAAUAUCUUGGAACCUCUGGGCCAGAUCCUGGAGAGCCUGUCACAGGCUGCCCAGCACCUUGUGGAGGGGACAAAGGGCAAAAUAUUCUCGUCCAUCAUUACUGUUCUUCAUAUCAAGCCUCUCAAAAUAAAUGACUGCCCCCAGUACCACCAGCUGCUCCUCACUGUGUGUGAGACGGUGCAGGACGAGGCCAUUGUGCUCCUGGACCAGACACACCGGGCGCUGAGCACAGGAGACCCCGGCUUGGUGGACGACAAGGAUAGUAUGGAGACCGACUGUCCUCCCCGGACACAGCACAGAGACCAGAAAGAUGGGGUGUGCGUGCUCGCUCUGUUCCUGGCCAAGGAGCUGUGUGAAAUGGACCAGGAAGGCGACCAGCUGUACCUGAUCACCCGGAAGAUUCCUGUCCUCCUCACCAUGUUCAGUACCUUAGAGCUGAGUCUCCGGGUCAAGCAGAACCUACACUUUGCUGAGGCCUCCCUACACCUACUGCUCACGCUGGCCAAAACUGCGCAGGGCGCUGGGGCAGUGGCAGGAGCGGGCGUGUUGCAGAGUAUUUGUCUGCAGUUACUGAGCGUUUACCAGUUCAGCACCAAUGGGGCUGCUCAGACUCUGGGGACCGCGCGCAAGUCACAGGACGCCCCGUCCUGGCUGGGCGUUUACUGCCUCUCCAUGUCCCUGAUGGAGCGGCUCCUGAAAACACUGCGAUACAACUUCCUGCCGGAGGCUUUGGACUUUGUUGGAGUUCAUCAGGAGCGGAUUCUGAAGUGCCUGGAUGCUGUGAGAAAGGUACAGAGCCUGGCUUGCUUGGAGGAGGCUGAUCACACGGUGGGCUUCAUUCUCCAGCUCUCCAACUUCAUCAAAGAAUGGCGCUUCCACUUGCCUCACCUACUGCGGGACGUGCAGGUGAACCUCUGCUACCUCUGCCAGACGUGCACAUUCCUCCUCCACAGCCGUAAAGUGCUGCAGCAUUACCUCCAGGUGAAGAAUGGAGACACUCUUCCCACCACGGUCCUCCCUCAGGAGCCCAAGUCUGCUCAGCCUCCAACCAAGGAGCAGGGUUUAGAGCAGGAGAAGGAGGAGCUGGAACAGCGGGCACUGCUGAAGGUGCAGGCCAGUCUGCUCCGCAUUCUCAGCAAGACGCUGGCAGCCCUCAGGAACUUCACUCCCGACGUCUGCCAGAUACUGCAGGACCAGUCGCUGGACCUGGCAGAGUAUGAUAUGCUCUUUGUCCUGAGUUUCACGACUCCAGCCUUUGAUUCGGACAUGGCUCCAUCCUUCGGGACUCUGCUCACAACUGUCAACGUCACCCUGAACAUGCAGGAAGGGAUCGAUAAAAAGAAGGAACCUCUGUCAUUGAACGUGGGGCCACUGACUUCAUCAGAAGAAACCAAGGCACUGAAGUCGCUGCUGGUGUUCACGAUGGAGAACUGCCUGUACGUGCUCAUCUCACAAGCGGUUCGGUACCUCAAGGACCCGAGCGUUCACCCACGUGACAAGCAGCGCAUGAAACAGGAGCUGAGCUCAGAACUGAGCACGCUCCUCUCCAGUAUCUCCCGUUACUCUCGGCGGGGAGCUCCCUGUUCCCCGGCUGGGGCUAAGUCGGUGUCCUCCAUGCUCAAAAGCGGCAGCGAGGGCCAGGAGCCACUACUACAGCUCGUCCACGCUUUCGUGCGGCAGAUCCAGAGAUAAUGGCCGACAACCCGACUGCCCAGAAGUGUAUAUAGCUUCAACGUCCUGUCCCAACUGUCUUCCAGCACCAAUUAGUCCAUCUUUAUUGACCCAACGGUCUGACGUGAAUCUAAAUAUUGGAAGAUGGGGGUAGAAAGAGUUCAGCAACUUUCAAGAAAACACCGGCUGGACAGAAAAUCUUUCCCGGCACCCGGGAGUUUGCCAUUGCUGUCUUCCUCGGGAUUAAGUCGGUCUGCGAUCAUCGGGAGCUUGUGAGAAUUAAUGGUUGUUCAUAAAAAACUGUUUGUGCCUCAGUUAUGGUGACUGAUUAAGGUCGGGCUUCCCUGAGUGAAAUGAGGUGCCUCAGCCACUCGACUUUAUAAGGAACAUUCUGAAUCGGGAGGUAAGCGCCUUUUGACCAUUGGCUUGGUGUUGCCAUGGAAACUGUCCCGAUUUGGUCAGGAAUGUGUGAUGGUUAGCAUUAUUAUGCAUCAUAUUGCCUCAUUCCACGCUUCCUUCUGAGAAAGUAGACAUUUCUUACAGACGACUUCUUAUUCACUCCUUUUUUUUAAUAUAUAUUAUAUAAAAUUAAAUUGUGACCAAAGACAGUCGGUGCCUGUGAUCUGAACACUCUCAGCAUCUUUCUCACAAGGCUGGGUAUGGAAUGUUCAGUGCUCUCUUUACCCCCUUCUCCCCCCACCCUACCAAUCUGUAAAUACCAGUACAAAUUUGGAUUCAUGUUUGUCUUCUCAAUGGAAAUCAGACCUGUCCCACUGUACAAUCAAAAGGGGCGGCAGUUAAACAUUUGAGGACUGGUUCAGUUUCUGAGAAACUUGAGUUUUCUAUUACUUAUGUUUUUUUCUUAAAAGUUCGAUUCCAAAAUCUGUUUUGACAUUGCACAGUCCUGUUAUUUGAUGGGGGGUAUUUGGUUUAUCAAUUGUAACAUUUUUACUUGGAUUCACUUAUGAUUUAACUUAUAUAAUUUUUUAAAAAUACUUAGCAGAACUGAAUUGUAAGCCAUAAAUAAAACCUGCUCACAGGUUUGGGGAAGGAGCUAACUGUUACACCAGAUGUGCAUCCUCACAGAACUUUGAAUGAAAGCGACUUAAGCUGAGUUUGAAAUUGCGUCUGUCGUGGGGAGAUUAUUUAAAUUGAAUCCUCGAUCCUCACAGAGGGUAAAAGACCUGUAACUGAAGAAAUUUAUAGUGUAAAUAAUGUUACAUCAUUUAAACUGAGACCCUGAUUUGAAA